AUGCCUAAAUACUGUGGGGGUUUGGGCAUUCCUUCUAUUGACUCUCUGUAUAAUGCUUUUGGUUGCUCUAUUAUAUGGAGGUUUUAUAACAUUAAUAGCUAUAUUUUUCUUUGGUGGAAAGCCAAAUAUGUGUCUUUUUGGAACACUGGUAGUAAGAGAGCUGCUGUUCACUGGAAAUUUUUGUGUGAGGUGGCCACUAAGUUGUCAGAUUCUAUACAAUUUAGACUCACUGACAGCCCUUCCCUCUCAUUCUUUUGGGAACCUUGGUGCUUUGGUUCUUCUGUGGCUGAGAGGUUGAAACAUGAACAUCUAGAACACCUGAUUCGCCCUCACAACUUAACUGUUAGCUCUCUUUUUUCUAAUGGGAGAUGGACUUUACCCCUUGCUAUAUCGACUCAUUUGGUAGACAUUAUCACCUCUAUUUCUAUCUCCAACUCUUUAAAUAACUGUUACUGGACUAACAAUGCUAAACCCUAUUUUAAAACUUUUCACAAGUGCUUCUUUUUGGAUUGUCAAACUGUGCCUUGGUAUAAGCUCGUCUGGCAUAAACAUUACGCAUUGCGUUUUUCUAUUUACACUUGGAUGGCUUUUAGGCAUGGUCUCAAAACUUCUGAUAAUUUGAUUCUAAGGGGUUUAUCAGUUAACCCCUUAUGUGCCUUCUGCCAGAUCAUUGAGGAAAGCCACAAUCAUCUUUUCUUUGAGUGUGAUUAUUCUUUUGAUAUCCUUAAGAAGGUCUUUGCUCGUAUGAACAACAUUCUUUUACGUCCUAAUAUAUGGCAAGCUUUUCACUAUAUUGAUGAAUGGGAUAUUGAUAAAAGUAGGAAGAACAUGUGCUAUCUCUUACUUUGUGCUAUUGUCUACUACAUCUGGAGAGCUAGAAAUGAUAGGUUAUUUGGCAAUUCUAUUGAUUGUCACUCCACACUGUUGCCAAGAUCAAACGUGCUAUGUAUCUCAAAACAUCUAAGUAGAAACGCUCACAUAUAUUAUAGAAUUUCAUAUUUUUGUUCUUCAGCUGAGGAAAAUUAUCUGGACGAUGCAUGUGCUACUUACCGAGCCUUUGCAGUUCCUGAAUGGUCUCCAUUGGCAACCAGGAAUUGCCUUUUUGAAGGACGAUGA